AUGGCUUCAAUUAUCGAUGGUAAAGCUAUUGCAGCUACUAUUCGUAGUAAUAUCCACCAAGAAAUCAGUGAAAUUCAAUCUAAACAUCAAGAUUUCAAACCUAAUUUAACUAUCAUUCAAGUUGGUCAAAGAGAAGAUUCUUCAACUUAUGUUAGAAUGAAAUUAAAAGCUGCUAAAGAAGCUAAUAUUGAAUGUUCAAUUAUUAACUUACCUGAAACUGUUAGUGAAUUUGAAUUAUUAAAUGAAAUCAAAAAAUUAAACAAUAAUUUAGAAGUUGAUGGUGUUUUAGUUCAAUUACCUUUACCUUCCCAUAUUGACGAAGUUAAGGUAACCAAUGCGGUUUUACCCGAUAAAGAUAUCGAUGGAUUUGGUCAAUUUAACGCUGGUGAAUUAAGUAAGAAAGGUGGUGAACCAUUCUUCUUACCAUGUACUCCAAAAGGGAUUAUCAAAUUAUUAGAAGAAUCUCAAGUUCAAAUUGAAGGUUCAAAUGCUGUUGUUUUAGGUAGAUCAGAUAUUGUUGGUAAACCAAUGGCUAGUUUAUUAACCAAAGCUAAUGCUACUGUUUCAGUAUUACAUUCCAAAACUCCUUUAGAUCAAAUUAAAGCUUAUUUAUCUCAUGCUGAUAUCAUUGUUGCUGCUAUUGGUCAACCAGAUUUCGUUAAAGGUGAUUGGGUUAAACCAGGUUGUGUUAUUAUUGAUGUUGGUACUAAUUUCAUUGAUGAUGCUUCCAAAAAAACCGGUUCUAGAAUGGUCGGUGAUUGUGAAUUUGAAUCAUGUUCUCAAAAAGCUAAAUUAAUCACUCCUGUUCCUGGUGGAGUUGGUCCAAUGACUGUUGCUUCAUUAUUAGAUAAUGUUGUUGUUGCUGCUAAGAACCAUUAUCAAAAAAAUAACCAAACUCCUAAAUUCACCAAUCCUUUGAAAUUAAACUUACAAAAACCUGUUCCUUCAGAUUUUGAAAUUUCAAGAGAUCAACAACCAAAACAUAUUACUGAAGUUGCUAAAGAAGCUGGUAUCUUAGAUGGAGAAUUAGAACCAUUUGGUGCCUACAAAGCUAAAGUUUCUUUAGAUUUAUUAACUCGUUUACAAAACAAACAAAAUGGUAAAUAUGUUUUAGUUACAGGUAUUACCCCAACUCCUUUAGGUGAAGGUAAAAGUACUACCACUGUUGGUUUAGCUCAAGCUUUAGGUGCUCACUUACAAAAAAAUGUUUUCGCUAAUGUUAGACAACCAAGUAUGGGUCCAACUUUCGGUAUUAAAGGAGGUGCUGCCGGUGGUGGUUAUUCUCAAGUUAUUCCUAUGGAUGAAUUCAACAUGCAUGUUACUGGUGAUAUUCAUGCUAUCACCAUGGCUAACAAUUUAUUAGCUGCUGCUAUUGAUACCAGAAUGUUCCAUGAAAGUACUCAAAAAGAUGGUCCUUUAUUCAAAAGAUUAGUACCAGCUAAAAAGGGUGUUAGAAAAUUCCCUCUUUGUAUGUUAAAAAGAUUAGAAAAAUUAGGUAUUGAUAAAACUAAUCCUGAUGAUUUAACUACUGAAGAAAUUUCUAAAUUUGCUAGAUUGGAUAUUGAUCCAGAAACCAUUACUUGGAGAAGAGUUGUUGAUUGUAAUGAUAGAUUCUUAAGAGGAAUUACUGUUGGUGAAGCUCCAACUGAAAAAGGUAUGACCAGAAAAACCGGUUUCGAUAUUACUGUUGCUUCUGAAUGUAUGGCUAUCUUAGCUUUAGCUAACUCAUUACCAGAUUUAAGAGAUAGAUUAGGUAAAAUGGUUGUUGCCUCAUCAAGAGCUGGUGAACCAGUUACUUGUGAAGAUAUUGGAUGUGCUGGUGCUUUAACUGCUUUAUUAAAAGAUGCCAUCAAACCAAAUAUUAUGCAAACUUUAGAAGGUACUCCAGUUUUCGUUCAUGCUGGUCCAUUUGCUAAUAUUUCUAUUGGUGCUUCAUCUAUCUUAGCUGAUAAAAUGGCUUUGAAAUUAGCUGGUACUUCCCCAGAUUUAUCUGAACAAGAAAGAGCUGAACAAGAAGGUUAUGUUGUUACUGAAGCUGGUUUCGAUUUCACUAUGGGUGGUGAAAGAUUCAUGAACAUUAAAUGUAGAUCUUCAGGAUUAUCACCAGAUUGUAUUGUUAUUGUUGCAACUGUCAGAGCCUUAAAAGUUCACGGUGGUGGACCAGAAGUUAAAGCCGGUGCCGCUUUAGCUGCUGAAUAUACUCAAGAAAAUGUUGAAUUAUUACAAAAAGGUUGUGCUAAUUUAGGUAAGCAUAUUGAAAAUGCUAAAACCUAUGGUUUACCUGUUGUUGUUGCUAUCAACAAAAUGAGUAGUGACAGUGAUAAAGAACAUGAAAUCAUCAAACAAGAAUCUCUUAAAUAUGGAGCUGAUGAUGCUAUUGUUUCUAACCAUUGGGAAGAAGGUGGUUUAGGAGCUGUUGAUUUAGCUAAUGGAGUUAUCAAAGCUUGUAACUCUCCAAACAAGAACUUCCAAUUUUUAUACGAUACUGAACCAUCAGUUGAAGAAAAAAUCACCGCCAUUGCCCAAAAAAUGUAUGGUGCUUCAGAAGUUGAAUUCUUACCAGAAGCUCAAAAGAAGAUUGAUUUAUACACUAAACAAGGAUUCGGUAAUUUACCAAUUUGUAUUGCUAAAACUCAAUAUUCAUUAUCUCAUGAUGCUGCUUUGAAAGGGGUUCCAACUGGUUUCAAAUUCCCAAUUAGAGAUGUUAGAGCUUCAAUUGGAGCUGGAUAUCUUUAUGCUUUAGCUGCUGAAAUUCAAACUAUCCCAGGGUUACCAACUCAUUGUGGAUUUAUGAAUGUUGAAGUUAAUGAAGAUGGUGAGAUUGAUGGAUUAUUCUAA